UUAAUGUUGUAGGAUCCACAUCUUUUUUUCAAUUUUUUUCUUCAACAUUGAUCACUAGCCACCUUAUUCCUCCUUAUAUAUGAGUGCUUCUCCUCAAGAACAGCCUGAAAAAUCAUAGCAAAUUUUGCAUAAUCAUUUCUCCAACUUAUAGUCUCUUUAUUAAUUCUUCUUAUAAUCUCUUCUCAACAUAUAUAAUUUCUCCAACUUCUCCAUCAUCUUUAUUUCCACAUUCAAAAAACCAUGGAAGCUCAUUAUGAAGAAAACUUAGCCAAUCGAGUUGCAUCAUUUUCAUACUACCUCAAGCCUGGUGAUCAAGAGAACUUUGUGCAAAAACUAAAUGGUCUUCAUCAUAUUAAAGAUGAUGAUCCUCUUCCUACAAUUUUCUCACACCAACAGUCACCUCGAAAAAAAUCACCAAUCAUCAAACCAUCCCAAAAUGUAAAAAUCUCACAACCCAUUGAAACCCAAGAAAAUAUUUUGUUUAGGGUCAUCAAAUCACAACAAGUUCAUGAUAUCGAUGAAGCUGAAUAUUCAUCAGCGACAAAUCAUCAUCUUCAAAGAACCAGUUCUUCUUCCCACAAUGGUGAAAUUGGAGUAUUCGGAGCUGACAAGUACUUUAACACGCCAUUGGAGUGCGACACAGCGAUGGAAAAUGAACUCGAAAACAACCAGGUUCCGGUUGAUCUUCCGGGAUUAAACCUAAACUUUAGGCCAAAAACUCCAAGUAUGUCUUCCGAGGCAAGUAGCUGGAACAGUCAAGCUGCCCUGCUACGGAAUCUUUCUCAAAGAGGUAUGUCGCAACAAGCAAGGGCACCAAGAAGGGCGAAUAGGAGGCGAAUUUUCGCCACUUUCGGAUGCAGUGGACAGUGUUUGGAGAAAGGAUCAGUUUCGAUUGCAGAAACUCCACAAAAAGAAACCAGAAGAAGAUUAGACCAUUUUGCAUUCCCUGUCUUGAACAAUAACGAUCCACAGCGUAUUGCGCAAGUUAAGAAGCCACCAUUAUUGGAAGGAUUCAUCGAGGCGCCGCGAAAAUCAUUGGAGGUUUUCGGAUCAGGAAGGAUGAAAAAUGGUGACAUUAUUGCCAAGAAUUUGGCUAGGAAUUUGUCAAUGCUAACUUGGGAUGCAAUCCCAAAAUCAAAAAUUGCUUCCACUACUACAAUAGGAAGUACAACAAUAUGUCAUGAUCAGGACAUGACUAGUGAUGCGAGUUCCGAUCUGUUUGAAAUCGAGGACUUAACUGGUGGAUAUGGGAUUUUGAGCAAUAAUAAUAUGGAAGAUGAUAAUCAAGAAAUUGAAGGGAUUAAUCAUCAUGGAAAUGAGUAUGCACCAAGUGAGGCUAGUAUUGAAUGGAGUGUUGUCACAGCUAGUGCUGCUGCUGAUUUUUCAUCUGUCAUAUCUGAUUAUGAUGAAAAGUAUGUUGGCAUUUCGGGUGAACAAAUGAUCCACAGUAGAAAUAAUAAUAAUUCAAGUAGUCACAGGAAUUUUAAGGCCAAAAAUCUAGAGGGCAAGGAAGCACAAAGAGGCCGACCUGGAGGGCUUUUGGGUUGCAAGAGUCAUAAGGCUGUGAAUGUUGUUGAGAGCACUGUUGUGCCUAAGUCUAGGGUUGUGGAAAGGUAUUGACUUUAGUUUGUUGCAAUAUGGUGAAAUUAUUGUUUGAUAUCCAAUCAACUUUUUCGUGUUUCACUUGUAUGUAUUAGUAGUAAAACGAUUGUCUUUUUAAUAAAAAAAAUAGUUGGUUUGCAACUUGAAAUUAUAGUAUUACUAGUUAUGAUAACUUUUUGAUGGAGAGAAAAUAAGAUAGUGCGGG